AUGCUAUGGUUUAGGCCACUUCUGUUUUAUCAAUACAACACCCUACACGUGAUAACUUAAUUUUCCUGAAACUUUAUGGCUGACUGCACUGACCGAACCCCAGCGAAACACGAGUGUCAACGAUACAAUAUGUCCGUCAACAUGAAUGAGAGUUGCACCAGGUUUAUUGCUACAGUCGAGAAUGAUAAACUGUCAACGCUUUCCCGGUUCUGAAAAAAACGUUGUGUCGUGAAACAUGCUAUACGUAUAUUCAUGCUAUACGAUGAAUAUGUCAUCAAUUUGUGUUUAGUCAAACGUAUGAACUUAGAUCUGUCAGAAUGUCUCGUCGCUCUGUGGAAUUCUAUGAAAGUCAUGCGCGCAUAUGACACGAUCGACGGGGAAUUGAUUUAAUUGUUUGCGAAGACUUUUGGCCACAUAGUAAAUUGGAGAGACAGGGAAUGGAGAACGUGCUGUUGAUAGGAAGCGGUGGGCGAGAACAUGCUCUGGCAUGGAAACUCGCUCAGUCUGAGAAAGUUAAGGCAGUUUUUGUUGCCCCUGGCAACGCUGGGACAGCAAGCGAAGGCAAAAUCAGCAAUGUUGAUGUAAAUGUGAAAGACUUCUCUGCAGUGUGUGCAUGGUGUAAGGAGCACUGUGUGGAGCUUGUGCUGGUUGGUCCCGAGGACCCACUGGCUGCCGGAAUUGCAGACACACUCAACUCAAAUGGGAUAGCCUGCUUUGGUCCAUCAGCGAAAGCAGCAGAGAUUGAGGGCAGCAAGGCUUUUUCCAAAGACUUCAUGACCCGUCAAGGAAUUCCCACAGCUCAGUACAAGACCUUCACCUCUGCAGAUGAAGCUUGUGAAUACAUAAAUAAUGGUGAACUUGGUGAAGCUGUUGUGGUGAAGGCGAGCGGGCUGGCGGCAGGGAAGGGCGUUGUUGUUGCUGCCUCCAAGAAGGAAGCUUGUGAUGCAGUUAAUUCCAUCAUGCAGGCCAGGAAGUACGGAGCAGCGGGGGACACUGUGGUGGUUGAGGAGUUCCUCAAGGGGGACGAGGUGUCUGUGUUGGCGUUCACUGAUGGCGAGAGCGUGUGUGUGAUGCCCCCAGCCCAGGACCACAAGCAGUUGAAGGAGGGGGAUGCGGGACCCAACACAGGAGGCAUGGGGGCAUUCUGUCCCUACCCAAAGCUUUCGGCAGAUGAUUUGAGGAAAAUUAAGACAGACAUUUUGGAGAAGACGGUGAACGGUCUGAAAAGCGAAGACAGGAAAUAUAUUGGGGUGCUGUAUGCAGGACUGAUGAUCACAGACGCUGGUCCCAAGGUUCUAGAGUUCAACUGUAGGUUUGGAGACCCAGAAACUCAGUCGAUCCUGCCACUGCUGAGGACGGACCUGCUGGACGUCUGCCGGGCAUGUGUGGAGGGGAAGUUGGGGUCCCUGAGCGUGGAGUUUGACACGGAGAAGUCGGCUGUUGGGGUCGUGGUGGUCAGCGGGGGCUAUCCUGGGGCAUACAAGAAGGGGAUGGAGAUCUCAGGGGUGGAGAAGGCUGUUCAGGCCGCUACUGUGGUGUUCCACGCCGGUACGGCUCGUCAAGACGGGAAGCUGGUAACAAGCGGAGGCCGGGUGUUGGCAGCCGUAGCAAUAGAUCAGCAGCUGGCCACAGCUGCCUCCAUGGCAACCGCAGCUGCAGCUCUCAUAGACUUCGAAGGGGCAUUUUACAGGAAGGAUAUUGGCUUCCGAGUCUUGAGCAGGGACCGCCCACUGUCCCCGAGUGUCCCCUUGGAGAACGGGCUCAGCUACAAAGAUGCUGGUGUGGACAUCGAGGCAGGUGACGACCUCGUACAAGCCAUCAUGCCGCUUGCCAAGUCAACGUCUCGCACGGGAUGCACUUCAAGCAUCGGAAUGUUUGGGGCCACUUUCGAUCUGGCAGCUGCGGGAUACAAGGAUCCUAUACUAGUGUCUGGGACUGACGGAGUGGGGACAAAGUUGAAGAUAGCGGAGAUGGUGGGUGUACACAACAGUAUUGGUAUUGACCUGGUGGCCAUGUGUGUCAACGACAUCCUCGCUCACGGAGCAGAGCCUCUGUUCCUUCUUGACUACUUCGCAACAGGACGUCUGGAUGUGCAGGUGGCACACGAGGUGGUAGGGGGCAUUGCAGAAGGGUGUCGCCAGGCAGGAUGUGCUCUUGUAGGCGGAGAGACGGCCGAGAUGCCAGGCAUGUACACUAACGGAGAGUAUGACGUUGCUGGUUUUGCCGUUGGUGCCGUUGAACGGGGUCAGAUGAUGCCCCGAAUACAUGAAGUGGCUGCCGGGGAUGUCAUUGUUGGAAUUGGGUCAUCUGGUAUCCAUAGCAAUGGUUUCAGUCUGGUUCGGAAACUUGUGGAGAGGAAGAAUCUACGUUUCGACAUGCCUUCCCCUCUCAAGACGGGGAAAACUUUGGGGGAAGACUUGUUGACGCCCACCAAGAUCUAUGUGAAGAGCGUGCUACCGCUCAUGAGGGAGGGCAAGGUCAAGGCCUUUGCUCACAUCACCGGUGGGGGUUUGACGGAGAACAUCCCCCGGAUACUUCCCAACGACCUUGGCGUCGCCCUUGAUGCCAAGUCCUGGACCAUGCUGCCCAUAUUUGGGUGGCUGUCUGAGAUGGGCCGUAUAUCCAGUCAGGAGAUGGCUCGGACUUUCAACUGUGGAUUGGGAGGAGUCCUCAUUGUGACGUCAUCACAGUCUGCAGAGGUUGUCAGUUUGUUGAGGACCUCCGGAGAACAGGCAAACAUCAUCGGAACAGUCCGACAGCUCAAGGCGGGAACGACACGUGUGAGGGUGGAUCACCUGGAGGACAGUCUGGUGCAGUCGUGGAGGAAGGUGCCAGGUGUGACGCGGAGACGGCGUGUUGGAGUCCUCAUUUCCGGGUCAGGCACAAACCUGCAGGCUCUGCUGGACCACACCCGCGACGUAACCAACAGCAGCGCCGCCGAGAUCGUCAUUGUCAUUUCUAACAAGGCAGGAGUACAGGGACUUGAAAGGGCAGAGAAGGCUGGCAUCAAGACCAAGGUUAUCAGUCACAAGGACUACAAGGGUCGUGAGGAGUUUGACGAGGCUCUCCACCAGGGGCUUACAGCAGCUGGCGUUGAGAUUGUAUGUCUCGCUGGAUUCAUGAGGAUACACACAGGUGGAUUUGUAAGGAAGUGGACUGGGCGCAUGUUGAAUGUCCACCCCUCCCUGCUGCCAAGCUUCAAGGGGUCAGAUGCCCACAGGCAGGUGCUUGCUGCAGGGGUCAGAAUCUCCGGCUGCUCCGUACACUUUGUUGCUGAGGAGGUAGACGCUGGAUCUAUCCUGGUCCAGGAAUCGGUGCCAGUGUAUCCUGGUGACACUGAGACAAGUCUAGCGGAGCGGGUGAAGCGGAGAGAGCACAAGGCAUUCCCCCAGGCUUUGGAGAUGGUAGCCACACAACAAGUCAGUCUCGCACCGGACGGCAAGCUGGUGUGGAACUGGUAGCACCGGACCCAGCAGACCAAACAUUUGGUUACUUCUAACCAAACAUGACAAGGAAGAGUGAUUACUGUUUGCUUCUUUUUAGGUGCUGAGACUUAUAUUAUUUGAUAUUUGAGACACAGUAGAACCACUUUGUAAUGCUAAUGUUUUCCAGUAGAUAUUUUGGUGCAGUCCAGAUUCGCCCAGUUGUAAUACUCUGUUAGUGGUGGGUUGUUAGAAGAAUUCAUUAUCAGUAUUCUAGCUACCAACCACUAUCUUGCUCCAAAAUGACUCCGACGAUAAGUCACAACCGCCAAAGCAGUUGUAGGUUGAUGGGUGUGAAUUGGUACUCAGGCAGUGGUUUUUGAAAAUAUAGUGCGGGCAGGCGGUGAAUUUUUUUGUUUUUUUUGUUUUUUGUUCAAACUAGUAUGUAACCAAUAAACAGUUGUGUAAUCAAUAAACAACUGUGUACAAUCAUCCUGGGAAAGGGCCCCCCAACAUCAAUGUAUUCCUUGAUGAGUAAAAUAGUGGAAUACAGUAUUUGACUUCCGUUGGACUUGGAAUAUUUAAGGAUCUUUAUUAGUUGUUUUUUUAAAAUGGAAAUAAAAACGAAAUGUGCGGCGAACUUUAUGAUGAUGCGGGCGGUGCCUGAAAACUAUUUUUUAAAUUUUUUUUUAACCUAACAGCCAAGAAGACCUUAUAAAGGUAGCACUAUGAAGAGGUUAUGCUGUGUCCUGAAGAUGUCUUGUAGUAGUGUUGUAUUUUGUUGCAAUAGGCUUGUCACUUACAAAUACAGUUUUUACUUGUUGAUUGAUUUUAUAUUGUUGCACAUUUUAGUGCUUAAGGAGUUUGAUUUACAACUGUGUUCAAUAGAUAUUCAAAUGUGCUGAUUCGGUGAUAUAUCACUACUGUUGUUAAUGCAGGAGAUUAAAAGUGUUUUGUAUUUGUUUGUUGAAGGCAGACCAUGAUAUGUUUUCUGUUAUACAGAUGUUUGAAUGAGAAUGAAUCCUGACUUAGUAUUCAAUGGGUUUAUGUCUCCAUUCUGUUAUUUGUGGCCCAAAUUCAUUUGGUACUGCAGCUUAGUUUGUUGUCCGAUUCGAAUGACAAGUUGCUAAAAUAGCCAUCCCAUGAAAUAACUCUCAUGAGCAUGUGUGGUGAGAGAUAAGGAGAUAGGGCAACAGCUCAGUUUACCAGGUGCAACUUCCUGUGGUUCUCACUUCACAGCUCCUGCGUGCCUCUUCGAUCCUUUGGGUUAAUUGUGUAAAGGUUAGGGUAGGUUUCCCCCAAAUCUAUCCUUAGCCCUUGGAUCCCCUUCACGUUCCUUAGGGUUGGGCACUACUUGCCAAUCAAAUUCCCUUUAAUAGUCCUUGGGGCGAGUUGUGAGUCAGGGUAUGGAUUAGCUAUCUAUUUUAAUCAAUUAAUCCAAUGGAAUUUGAGGAAAAUCCAAUUCUGAUCAAGUUCUGCGGAGAAAAUGGCUACUACCCAUACGCCUAAAGAUAAACAAUUGGGUGCUUUGUUGGGGAUUGUUAGGGAAAUGAGUACUAUCUAUUUGUGAUAGCACCAGUGGUCCUGUGGUAAAGUGUUGACUAAUUACAGUAACUCUUUUGUGCAGCUUAGCUUCAAGAUGGCAGCAUGAGUUCGAUUCUCCACGUGGCGCUAAUUGAAAUCUGAUAACGUGUGCCCCAAAAGAGCCCUACCCCCGGAGAUGGUGACAAAGCUAUAGUAGUUCAUGCCCUUAUCACAAAUGAAUGUUGGAGUUAUGUAGAAUAGUGUUGAGAACUGAAGAAUUCUUUGUACACUUAGUUAAACCAACUGUCAUCAUUUUAGAGGUUUUUGGUUAGGUUUAUUUGCAUAUUUUGAUUUACCGAUUGAGAUUUAUUUCCACGUUUCAACAAGUUCUCAGAAUAAGCCCAGGGGCUUCCACCAUGCAUGAACAAGCUCAGUUUGGAAACAUGAUACGUGGCCUUAUGACAUUGAAAGAAACUGUGUAAAUAUUGGUUAUGAAAUUUGUAUGCCAGUCUGUUUUGGCUGUCAAGGCAUAUAGUUGAGAUCAGCUGACAUCUUCUUGAAACUUGUCUAAAAGCUAAAGUAUUGUUUGUUUUCUUAUGGAUUUGAAUAUAUAUGUUGAUUUUAUUUCAGAUGGAUGCAAAUUCUUUUGAAUAUCCUUUGUGAUGGUUGUUGUAUGCUCUUCACAAACUAUGCUAACCACCAUGCUGAGGGAAAAAAGUAACUUUGCUUCGUAUAAAGUGGUGUGAAUGUAACAACAUUAUAUUUGGUCAUUCGUCUGAUCCAAACGCCCUAGGAUUGGGGUGCCUUAAGAACUCAAUAAUGUCAGUAUCGGGUGUGACCAACAUUUGGGUUGAUACAGGUGACGCAGCAUUACAGACAGCCUGGAGGAUGUUGUUUUCAAAUGUCAACCAAAGAUUGGCCCAACUGAGCUAGCUGGUUCUUGUCCUGCUGUAGGCGUCAUUCUAUCUCAUCCCAGACAUGUGUUAUGGGAGGGAGGUCUGGAGAAACAGCCUUUCCGUGGCAGUACAGCAGCAAUGUUGGCGGGCAUUAUCCUGCUGCAACGUGACAUUUUCCCCCUGCAUUUGCACAAAUGGUAGGACAUUGUUCUUGUAGUGGAUGCAGACCAUCAGAACUGUCCAGAUAAAACCCAGACUCACCUGAGAAAGAGUGUGUCUCAGAUGCUGUGUACACCAGGCUAGGCAUGCCUGACAGUGAAGUGGAUGCAAAAUAGGGCCAACUGCUGGAUGCCUGGGUCCCGAUGUUGUGCCACUAAUGGUCUCAACCUAGGAAUUGCCCGAGAUGUUACCGUGGCAGUUUGGUAUCGAUUCCAAACUUGCACCAAGCGAAUAAGUUUUGUUGAGGUGACAUCACACAUGGACGACCAAUCCGUGGCAAGUCAUGAUAAUGCCUCCAAAAAGUUGAUAUUGUCUGCACCCAUCCCGUUUGCAGCAUGCCCAUGGCAUAGCAUAAGCAUAAGUGUAUUUAUCAGCACAUGAUAGCUAAGUAAUCAUUGUGUGUUGUUCACAUUAAAAAAGCAUGUGCAAGUUGUGAGUUUCCAUGGCAACGACUGAAAUUGGCGCUGGUGCUCCACCCAACCAGGCAUGUCAUAUUGGCGGGGGAUAUGAGUAUUUCAUGCUUGUUGAACUUUAUAUGAAGCACAGUAACUUUUUUUGUUUAUAUUAGAUCACUGAAAACAGUGAGCUUCUGUACCUCUGGUACUCUGCUUUUUGUGUGUGUUUAUGCAUUUGUCUUAAGUUUACAGCUCGUUUUAUUACAUGUAAAUUUGUUGUGCAUUUUACGUCAUCCAUCAGACUAUUAUGUUCAGACUGAUUUUAUCAAGGGUUAUAUUUUGUUUUUCUACAAGUUUAUGUGAUAUGAGCCGGAGAGGUACACUAGUUGCAUGGAUCAAGUUGGACAGAUAUAUGAGUAGUUGUGUUGAAAGGUUGGACACAUUUUUCAACAAUCUCAUUAAAAUCAGAUCUUAGUUCUCGCUCCCGCUAAACAAAGAUCUGAGGACAUCCCAUUACGGGUCACGUCAGACGGCCUUGCGGGAACUUUGACCAAUGGAAGGACUGACAAGAAAUCGACAUUAGCCAAUCAGAAGGCAGCUUUCUCUUGCUUUACGGCACUAGUUUAAAAUUGGCGACGACACUUUGAAACAUAAUUUGACAAAAGAACAUCCUUGAAUGGCUAAUAGAUGGUCUAGAUGUAUGAAUUCAGUCAUUAAACCCGUAACUAUCGUUCGGAAUAUCCUGUGUCGAGGUUGCAUGAUCUAGAAAGUGACGCUCUGAUGGUCGGAUGAAAGGUCGUUCUGACGUGACCCCUAAUGGGAUGUCCUCAGAUGUUUGUUUAGCAACAGUGAGAACUAAGAUAUGAUUUUGAGAUUGAUUUUCAACAGUGUUUUUGUACUAACCCCCUUUUGAUACGCCAGUGCAAAUGCAAUUUUUUGUCCAUCUGUUUUUCUACUAUCAAAUUAAUUGUACUACAAAUAUGAAUGAGCAUGUACCCCUGAGGUGGAAUACUUUACCUUGUGUGCAUGUUUAUCGGGUGGUCAGGCUCACUACAACGUGUUUUGAUGCAAUGCACCCAUUGAGGGUUUUGCAGUGAUCGCAGCCCAUGUGUGUCACAGCUGAAAUAUUGCUGAGUUUGGUGUCCCAGAUCUGAGUGAGUGAUAGAUCAGAUCAUGCCACGAGAUGAUGAAAGACCCGCAAAAGCAAUUAACAGCUAGCAAUUAUUCAUGCUUGUAUCAUGUUUGCUUGAUUGAAAGAUUACCUUAGACCAAGAAAAACUUAUUCAUUUAUUUAUUCAAACAUUCCUCAAUAUACAACAUGACCAAAAUACACAUACAGCUGCUUCCUUGCUUCCCUCCUGUAAAUUGACAGCCUGCUGACAUGAAAAUAAAUGAACUGGAUGAAAAUAACUGGCUUCUGGUUAUUUAAUGAAACUUUACACUGAUCAGCAGAAACGACUGGAGAUCUCCAUUUAAUCAAACAGGUACAAAGAUCUCAGGACAUCCAAUUACCUGUCACGUCAGACCGACCACUGAAAUGUUGACACAGUUCUCAAUUAAAAACUCCCACACUUUAACAUACGCUUAGCCCUAAGAUUGCUUUGUGCAAGUGGGGCCUGGUAAGCGACGCUUUGAUUUGUCAGAUGGAAGGUUGUUCUGACGUGACCCAUAAUGGGAUGUCCUCAGAUCUUUGUUCAGCGACAGAGUACAGAGAAGAAAUGAGUAUGGUGAUGAUCACUUGAAACAUCAAGAUAAGUAGCAUCAUCACCUUGUACUCCCUUAAUCCAUGACCGACCAACCCAUGAGGAGCUACAAUAACCAACUGGCUAUCUGAUUUCCUAGGAAUUGAACCGGAGCCUGGUUUAACUGAUGUACUUUCUGUUCAUCCAAACAAAUCUUCCUCUCAGCAUGUACACAAGGUGCAUUUGACAUUUUGCUCCUAAAGAUAUGAUCAGGAUUGAUUUUCUGCUUUGAAACAGUAGGUUGAAAAGUGUUCCAGGAGGCAAGUAGAUAGAUGCGGCGAGGUUCCAAAUUCAAUUCUAGAGAUAUAACCCCGUGUCUAAGUCACGACAAAGCUCAAAAAUACCCUACAGACGCACUAUUGUAAUGUCCUAAUUCAUCAUCAAUACAGUUACAAUAUAUAAAAGUACUGCCACAUAACAAUAGAGCUUGGAUGAAAUUGAAAACCUUAAAGUGACACCUCUGCCUUAAUCCAGACCAAUGACAGCUCUGGGAUUGCUUUACUCAAGAAGCCCAAAAUAUCGGUUUACAUCAAAAUGUGUCAUCACUUAUCAAGUCUUACAAACUGUAAUUUGGUAUCAGGUAGUCAAAAUGGCAGUUGUAUGAGGCUUUAUGCGUGUCAAUCAAUCUUUAUUCAAGGCCUUCAGUACAGACAGUUGUUGCACACAAUAUAAACUAUUUGCAAAUUUGGUUUUAUCGAAACAGUGCGUGGUAUUUCUACAUGGCCAUGUUUUGUAUUAUUAAUGUACCUUGACAUGCCGGAAUUUCACAAUAUUUGAAUCAUAAAAGUAGUGUACAUGAAGGUAUUUUUCUCUCAGUGUAGUACAAUGGACAUACAAGUAAAACAUGAUAUUCAUCCUCUGUCUUGGCUAGUACACCUUUUACAUAAUGGUUCUGACCUUGGAGUUUUUGUAUAUCGCCCUCUCUUGAUGCAUAAA